AACAGCCGUUGGGUAGAGGAAGCCAGCAAUGAUGGAGACUGGUCUAAACCAACUCCACUCAAUGAAAGACUUGAGCAUGAAUUGUUCUCCAGCAGCAACACCGGGAUUAAUUUUGAGAAAUACGAUGACAUUCCUGUUGAGGCAACUGGACAGAACUGCCCUCAUCACAUUGAAAGUUUCCAGGACAUAGACAUGGGUGAGAUUAUAAUGGGCAACAUUGCGCUCAGCCGCUACACUCGACCAACCCCUGUCCAGAAAUAUGCCAUUCCAAUUGUCAAGUCGAAGAGAGACCUCAUGGCCUGUGCACAGACAGGUUCCGGGAAGACUGCUGCAUUCCUGCUGCCAAUUCUUAGCCAAAUCUAUGCUGAGGGACCAGGAGAUGCUGUUAAUGCAGCUAAAGACAAUGGAAAAUAUGGCCGUCGUAAGCAGUACCCUAUUUCGCUCGUCCUAGCGCCUACUCGAGAACUAGCACUGCAGAUAUAUGAUGAAGCCAGAAAGUUUUCCUACCGAUCCAGAGUGCGUCCCUGUGUUGUGUAUGGUGGAGCAGACAUUGGCCAGCAGAUCCGAGAUCUGGAGAGAGGGUGCCACCUACUGGUGGCCACGCCUGGAAGACUGGUCGACAUGAUGGAGAGGGGCAAAAUUGGGCUUGAUUACUGCAAAUACCUUGUCCUGGAUGAAGCAGAUAGGAUGCUAGACAUGGGCUUUGAGCCUCAGAUACGGCGCAUCGUUGAACAAGACACAAUGCCUCCAAAAGGCACCCGGCAGACCAUGAUGUUCAGUGCAACCUUUCCCAAAGAAAUACAGAUUCUGGCCAGGGAUUUUCUGGAUGACUAUAUCUUCCUGGCAGUGGGCCGAGUGGGCUCCACCUCAGAGAACAUCACUCAAAAGGUGGUUUGGGUGGAAGAGAGCGACAAGAGGUCUUUUCUCCUAGACCUACUUAGUGCCACAGGCAAGGACUCGUUGACUCUGGUUUUUGUGGAAACCAAAAAAGGAGCCGACGCCCUGGAGGACUUCCUGUACCGAGAAGGCUACGCCUGCACCAGCAUCCACGGGGACCGCUCCCAGAGGGACCGAGAGGAGGCCCUAAACCAGUUCAGAUCUGGAAAAUGCCCCAUCCUGGUGGCCACAGCUGUUGCUGCUCGUGGCCUUGACAUCUCCAACGUGAAACACGUUAUUAACUUUGACCUGCCUAGUGACAUCGAGGAGUAUGUCCACCGUAUCGGACGCACAGGACGAGUAGGAAACCUGGGAUUGGCCACAUCGUUCUUCAACGACAAGAAUGGGAACAUCACUAAAGACUUGCUUGACAUUUUGGUUGAAGCGAAACAGGAAGUUCCUUCAUGGCUUGAGAGCUUGGCUUAUGAGCACCAGCAUAAGAGCAGCAAUCGUGGACGCUCCAAAAGGUUUGCGGGUGGUUUUGGAGCACGUGACUAUCGUCAGACGGCUGCUGGAGGGAAUGCCGGAGGCUUUGGGGGGCGCGGUGUUCGAAACCAAGCGGGACACGGAGGAGCCCGUGGCUUUGCAGGAGGUGGCUUUGGUACCUUCUACACUAGCGAUGGCUACGGCGGCAACUACUCACACUCUCAAGUUGACUGGUGGGGCAACUAG